GAGAGACCACAGAGGCGGCAGAAGACAAAAAAGAAACUUUUACUUCGAAAGGCGGCUGAUGAUAAAGUGGAAGUGGAAGUAAAUGAAUUCGGUGUUCAUUGUGGUGAUGGAUGGACUAACCUAGCUAAUUAUAUUGGGGUUGUGGUGAGGGAUACUGUGUGCAUACUUCAUGAUGACUGGAGAUACGUACCACCUGAAGUUAAGGAAGAGAUGUGGCAGCAUCUUCUUAAAAUGUUUGUGUUGACCCCUAGGUCUCAAAAACAAGUCUUUGGAACAAUGAGUGCUGCUUUAAGAAAUUUCAGGUCUACUUUGCGCAACGAAUUUAUCUUACACUACAAGCCAGGUUCCAAGGCUUUGCGGUUUCCUCCUAAAGAGUUCAAGCACAUAGGAACUGAUGAAUGGAGACUCUUUGUUAAAAAGACUUUCAAAGAAGAAUUUAAGGCUAAAAGUGAAAAAGCGAAGGAGAGAAGGAAAAAGAACAAGUACAAUCAUCGAUUGGGGUCAAGUGGUUAUGCAGGGCUAUUGAAGAGGAAGCAAAAAGAGCUUGGAGGUAUGUUGAAGGAUAUUGAUCGUGCAGAUACAUGGCUUUUAGGAAGAAAGAAAAAAAAUGGAGAAUAUGAUGACGACGUGAAAGAAAUCGCUGAAAAAAUUAAGGAGCUGAAGCAGAUGGUAGAAGAAGGGUUGUUUGUUCCCAAUGGUUGUGCUGACAUACUCACAGCUGCCCUAGAUAAAAGGCCAAAUGGAAGUAGAGUACAAGGAGUAGGUCACUUCAUCACUACAUCUACGUACUUUAACAAGCCUAUGGGUAAGGCUUCAGAGAAGCAAGAAGCGGAGAAAAUUUGUGAUAGAAGAUAUGCGAUGAUGGCACAACGGUUCGAUGAGUUGAAAGCACAAAUCAGUGCCUUUGUUGCUAGUGAUAUUGGCAGCUGUAGUAUUGCCACCAAGUCUCCAACUUGUG